UACUGGGGUCAGAUUGCGUGGAUUUGUUGAUGAUUGAAUGCUUUUAAAACUGUCUUUCUUCCCCACUUUUCACAUCUUCUUCUUCUUCUCUUCUUCAAUCCAACGUUCUAAGAGAAAUGGGCCGAUUGUUCUUAGUAACCUUGGAGGGGAAGAUUUACAGUUGUAAGCACUGCAAAACCCAACUUGCUCUUUGCGACGACAUUGUUUCCAAGUCCUUCCAUUGCAGACAUGGGAAAGCUUAUCUCUUCAGUAAGGUAGUAAAUGUGACAGUUGGGGUAAAUGAAGAUAGAAUGAUGAUGACAGGAUUACACACAGUUGCUGACAUUUUCUGUGUGAAAUGUGGAUCAAUCGUCGGAUGGACAUAUGAAACUGCUCAUGAAAAGAAUCAAAAGUACAAGGAGGGAAAAUCGGUUUUGGAGAGGUUUAAGCUUUCUGGGCCAGAUGGAAGCAAUUAUUGGCUUCCUCCCAACCUCAGUUUUCCAUCUCUUUCUUUUUGUAGUCCACGACCACCCAUUCCGCCUCCUAUCACCCGUGACACCUAUGCCAAAACCACCAUUGACACUCCCUCCUCCAUGGAUCUCCUCUACUCCACUUACCAACUCUGA